AUGUCUCUCCGGCAUAACAGUCCGAGCUCGCCUUCCAUCCAAGCGGGGAGGCUGGUUCCAGGGCACUUUGCAGGGUCGUACGGAACCCUCGAGGUUGAUCUACUCGCACCGAUUGAAAAGAUAUGGCUAGACCCGGAAGGCAGCUCGAAGGGUAGCAAAGGAACGGAACCUAGUGCUGAGGGCACUAUGGCUUUCGAGAAGCUGGCAAUGGCCUCCGCCAUUGCUGCAUGGUCAUAUCAUCAGCUUUGCUACUGCCGGCGCUGCCCCGGUGGGUUGACUCGCGGGAAUCCAUGCAAGGCCCUGCAGGCUAAUGCUCUGUCUCGCGCGAUGGCCUGCCCCCAGCCCUCUCCAAGCAAGAGCCGUCAGCCCGCAAGAGAUGAGAUCAGGGCAUCCAUGUCGAGGGAAAAGAGUUUACAGCCUGUAAUUAUUAGAAGACAGGACAGCGGAAGUAUGGGUAGAGUCCGAAGGGGGUUGACUGCCACGACGUGGUCAAUAUUGCCGGCUUUCACGAUCAAUUGGUACCUGCCUUGCACUCCUGUCUAUCAAGGCUCCGUUAAAAAGGAGAUAUUCUUUCGCUGGCUUGCAGACGAUGUAUUGCCGCUGCUUGACGGAGGUCCGCAGAUGAUCUUUGUUAUGGACAAUUGUUUAAUCCAUCACGGCGCGAAUAUAGUGCGCCUGAUCCUGGAAGCUGGCCCCCGGAUUGAGUACCUGCCGCCUUUAAUAUUCUGA